AUGGAAAACUUAUCUCAUCAAAAUAUCUUAAGUAUUGGAGCCGCCGUGUAUACAAUUUACAAAUCAUACUAUAAGCAGCUUUGGUCCUUUUCUUUGAAAUUUUAACUUAAAUAGAUAUAUUUAAUAUUCUUCAUUUUCACACGCUGCCUUUGCUAUCAUGUUGUUGAGUUUGUUUUGACAAACUCAGUGGGGAUUCGAAAAGAUGACGCAUAUGCUAACCCAAAUUUGGAGAUGGCUGGUGCAGCCAGAAGUGUGGAGAUUUGUAGGCUUUGCCUCAGCUAUUGUUGGACUGCUCUGUUAUGCUCUAAGCUCUUCCUUCAACUAUCUCUUUGGAGAUUGGAAUCUCUUGAAGAUUCUUCUUUACUGCAUUUUCAGUUUCUUCAUCAGCCUCAUGAUUUUCUUUGCAAAAUUAUUACAACACUCCACAAGUCUUCGGUUCAAAGCUCAUACAGCAUUUCUUGUACUGGCAAUCACAUCUGCCUAUUCCUUUUUCUUCGACAAAAAGGUGAAUGGGAAACCAGAUCUAUGUAGCCUCAUUUCAUAUGCUGCCUUUGCUAUCAUGUCACUCAGCCUGUCGAGGCAAACUCAUUUCGGAUUCGAAAUCGAUCUUCUCUACUUCUUCCUUGGAUGUCUAAUUGUGCUACUCAUGAAGAUUAAAUUACAGUUAUUUUUUGUUGGAGCAGGUUUCAGCUAUUCCCUUAUUAUUCUCCGUUCUUCCUUUUCUUCAAUAGAUGCUGGAGCAAAUAAUCCGCACUCUGAUCUCCAAAAUGGAAAUUCGGUGGUUCUUUCUAUAGCUUCUCUACAACUCACCAGUACUGAUACUGCUAGUGCUACUAGCAGUGCCAAUAACAGUAGCAUCGGUUCACCACAAUUGGUGAUCACCGCUGAUAUUAGUAAUAUGAUGGAACAACUUCAGACAUUUGUAACGGAGCUUCGGCGUGAAAAUUCAAAUUUCAUUCAAAUGGUGUUGGAUUAUGUAAAAAAAUAUGUUGAGGAAUACUCUGAAUUGGUGGUAACCGAUACUAACUUCAUGAUGGAUGCGCUGAAGCCAGAAACCAUCAAAGGCCUUGAGGAAACAGCAAAGGUUAUGAUGAGCUCUGGAUUUGAGAAAGAUUUUUCCGAUGUGUACAUCAAUUGCCGUAGGGAAUGCUUAAAUGAGUGCCUAAUGCAUAGAUUGUUCGGGUUACAGAAGCUCAGCAUCGAGGACGUUCACAAUAUGCCAUGGAACGUCCUCGAAGCCCAAAUUGAGAAAUGGAUUAAAACUUUCAAUAUCACUCUGAAGAUACUCUUUCCUGGCGAGCGACGAAUCUGUGACCGCAUUUUUUUCGGAUUCCCAUCUGCAGCUGAUUUUUCCUUCGUGGAGAUUUGCAGGGAAACCACCGUUCAGUUGUUGAGUUUUGCUGAAUCCGUCGCUUCUGGAAGUCAUUCCCCAGACCGUUUGUUUAAAAUGCUGGAGGUGUUGGAAACACUGCGUGACUUAAUUCCAGAAAUUGAGUCGUUCUUUUGUGAUGAAUACAGUGUGUCUCUAAGGAAUGAAGCAAACACCACACGGAAGAAAUUGGAAGAUGCAAUCAGAGACAUUUUCAUUCAAUUGGAGGAAUUUUACAGGCAAGAGCAUAGGUAUCUGGAGUCAUUGGAGAGCAAUUUAAAUGCCAGAUCCAAAUUCUACGAUGGCUCUUUUUCAGGGGAUAUUUUCUUGAUGAACAAUGGCACGUACAUAAUCCCAAUUGCAAAAGAUAAUGAAUUAGGAUCCCUUUUGGAGAAUGAUUGGAUCCGACAAUAUGCUUGGAAAGUUUUGCACUACAAUGGACAAGAUAACAUGAGCACUAUCUCACCCGAAUUAACCCAUGAGGUGAAUGUGAAAGAUUCGGAAGCAUUCCCCUGCCAACCGCGAGUAAGUCGAGAACAGAAAACUUGUUCAAGUGGCUUGGAAAAAGAUGUGUAAACCUUAUGCACAUGGUGGCUUAGGUCUCAGAUCUUUAAUCAAGCUCAAUGAGGCCUGUAACCUUAAAUUAGCUUGGGAUAUGCUUAUUGGUCAGGAGCAUUGGGCCUUCAUUUUGAAGAGUAGGGUCCUUAAGAAUUACAGUCCGAUUAAGUUCCACAUUUUUUCGCCUAUUUGGUCCUCCAUCAAAGCGGAGGUUCUUCUUAUUAAGGAUAUUGGUGUUUGGUCUGUUGGUAAUGGCGCUGCAAUCAAUUUUUAGUAGGAUAGGUGGUGCGGACCGCCGCUUAUUGAAGACUUUUCUCUUGAGAUUCUCCGUUCCAACGGAAUUGUCGUUUUGUCUAAAGUUGCUGAUUUUUUUCAUCGAUGGUCAAUGGAGUUUUUCCGGCUGACUGGGAUCAGCUUUUCCCUUUUCUUCGUCAACGAAUAUUACCUAUCGUGUCACCUUCAUAAUUGGAUCUUUUGCACUGGCCUCAUUCUUUAUUCGACGAGCUAUCUCUCAAGGAGGUUUAUUGUUACAAAAAUCCUUCUAUUGUUCUUUCUUAGCCCAAAUCGGUAUGAUCCAGUGAUAUCCCGCCUAUAAAAUCCAUGGUGGUUUGGAAAUCCAUGGUUCUUAUAUCUUUUAUAUCUUGGGCCUUUUAUUCUUUCUAAUAUAUGAGACUUUAUUAAAAAAAAAAUAGUUAGAAGAGCGUAAAAGAGAAAAAUAAAAGAGAGGAUAUAAGUCCAAAUAUUACUACCUAUUUUUAUCUUUAUAAUUAUUAUUUUUCACAGUUUUAAUUAUUGUCUCCUGCACUAAUUAGACUCUAUAAUUACUUUUUUUUUUCCACAUUGCUUUAAUGAUUGUCUCCUGCCAU